GUCGGCCCUUUUUGGACCUGCGUAGCUAUAGGCCCAGAGUACUGCCAGAUUGAGCUCAGCAAGCUCUACUCUACUCCUCCCUGACGAUUACUGAAUUCAUGCCGCUUACGGAAAACGACAAUCCUGCCCCAUGUAUCAAGGGAAAAGGAAAGGCCAGGCAUCUGAAUCCUGAACCUUCAGAGCAAACACCUCUGCUACCACAUCAUAAUGAUGUUGCUUCUAGUCAACUGGCACGUGUUGCACACGAUGAAGACGUCGACCUUGAAAGCAGCUUGGACGCUCGGCGAAGGCUUUUGUCCAAGCUUACAUUUGUUUUCCUGGCAUCUCUGUCUUCCUGCAUCCUAAUAUUUCUGCUGCUUGCUCUGUUGGCAUACUCUUAUGCCGCCAGGUUAUCGGACGUGUCCCCAGAAGACAUAUUAGAGAAUGCACUGGUAAUACAAGGGCCGUACCAGGUUAGCGUACUCAAUGUCACAGCAGACGGCGGGACAUGGAUACAAGUACAAGCAAGAGUUGGAAUUAAUGCGGGAUCAAUCAUGGGAAUCGAUAUGGAUGACGACGAGGGUACAUUCAACGACUUGUGGAAGUCGCUCGGUCGAUGGGGCGUCAAGUUUCUGGAUAGAGUGACAGUGGAGUUCUCUGCUGCUGAAAUCUUCUCUCAGCGACAGGCACUCUUAGCCACGCUCGAUUCCCCACCAUUUGAACUUCCUCUCACCGUCAAUCCCCCUUAUGAUGACUCGUGGUUAUCCUCGUUGUCUUUGACUCUUUUUGUCGUCCCAACCCAGAACGCAUCUGAUAUAAACCAGUUUGUGCACGACUCAUGGCAUUCAAGUGCUGCGUCUGUACAUGCCGCUAUUCCUAGCAUGCUCGUCUCUGGGGGCUCGACGAACAAAGGCGGUUGGAGGCAGAUGCUGAGGCUCCAGAGAUCAGAUAUACAAACUUAUUUAUCCAUGAAGCUUCCGCCAAUCCCUGGCUUGCCCACCCCGGGCAAGGACGUACCCCUACCAUCCAUUUCGCAGCUGAUCACGUUGCAGUCUUUCAGCGUGGAGUCUGAGGCUAAAGACGUAACUGUGCAUGCCCUUGCGACUGUCAUCAAUCCCGUACCACCUACAAUGAACCUAAGUGCACCCUCACUUCCGUUCAUCAUUUCGCUCCCCAGCGAAAAUCAUUCAUCAGUCCCGAUAGCAUCGGUCCACACCAACCCGUUCACGCUGACUCACCCCAACAUCACGCUCACUAUCUCUGGAAGCGUUCUCCCCCUCCCCCCUCACCCUUCCGCACCCAUUUCGGCUUUCAUUAGCAGAUACCUCUCCCUUGAACCUAACCCCGUUUCCAUCGCAUGUUCACUAUUCCCAUCUUUUGUGCUAGACAUGGAAUUCCCGCCCCCCAGUUCCAAACCACAAAUACUCCGUAAUGUAACGUUUCACGAUAUGAAGAUCAAACCCAACUCCGCCAGCACCGGUUUUCUUGCGAGUGGUUCGGUGUUCGCUCACGUAGUGCUUCCUAAAGGAAUCGACCUUACACUCAAUGUUACCCGCAUAUUUCCCGAUGUUCUGGUCUUCGACGGGGAAGUCCAUGAAUCGCCUUCACUUCUCUUGCCCAACCAGAAAGAAGAGUUACCGGAUCCACUUCCAGAUCGCGCAUUUGGUCGCAUACGACCUGAAGAUUGGUUGGAAGCGACAAGUGUUCAGAUCGAUGCCGAAGGAGAAGGCUCCAUAUUCGCAGUCAGCGCAGAUAUGGUCGAUGUCCCGUUGGAGGUCCUUCCUGGUAGGCAAAAACAAUUCAGCAAUUUCAUCAGCAAGGUGUGUACGGUACUCUUCUUUUGCGCGACCUUGUUCAUGCAGGAUUGGUUGCAGGUUGUAUUUGGUACCCAUGGUGCAUUGGCUGGCUUGCAGGGAACUACUGAUGUCGGGGUGUAUAUCCUCGGAUUACCGUCCCAUGGUCACGAUGGCACGACCACAGG